GAACGAACAAACCGGGGUGGACGGGCAAUCGAGGGGAAGCUAUGAGAUAUUCCCCUCGCAAAUUGGUGUUGUAUGGGCCAAACUAGUGAGUGACGGAGAAUUAGAGCUGUCGAUUUGAUCGGUUUAUCCGGUUUUUACGGGAAGAUUUCCCACUUAAACGACAUCCUCCGUUUUACGCAUUCAGGAUCACGGCAUUUUUGAAAGUCAAAUACCCGAUACUGACGAAAUGUCACCUCGGGUUCUACCUUGUCCGUCUUCUGUUUCCAGAGACGUUUGUCUCAUUUCCCUCAUCUGCAAGUCGGGUGGCGUAGUCUGCAGUGCUUCAGGCCUUCUUUAUUUAUUAGAGGGGACGAUGUGACGAGGCUCGGAAUAUACUGUGAAGGAGAAUUGAUUUAAUGAUAUCGCAAUAGAUAACGUAAAGACUUAGUGAGCUGCGCGACUUGGAGAAAAGUGGAAGAACCGGACAUUAUUCGUGUGAGUAGAAGUUUAAAGUUAGGUGCUGUGGCGAGGAAGCUGAAGACGAGAAGCCAAUCCUCCGGCACGGAUUUUGGGAAAUUCAAUUUCGGAUACCUGAUGUUCGAAGAAGAGCAGCUUGGAAUUAUCACUCUGAUGCCCUGGAGUGGUUCUGCACGUCACAGGCUUGUUUCAAACAUUAGAAUACCCUCCCUAUCCCUGGAUAAAUGAAACUGUCUAAAAUGGUUUGUGAGGUUGCCGCGUAGUUCUAUUCUGAAUUCAGGCUCUCAAUUGGUAAACAGAUGCUUGUAAUUAAGCAUAUUACUGAAGAAUUUCCAAAUUAUGGCGCAGUGGUUGGCCGCUGGUGUGUGCUUAGCAAGUGCAGCUUUAACUAGUCGACGGGAGGGAAAGAAAAACAUUCCACUUGUAUUUGCAGGUGCAGCUGCUGCGAUCACCUUUGUGUAUCGAUCUACUCCAAGGACCCUUUGGAAGGAUUCUAGGAAAUGCAGUAAGACUGCUGAGAACACUGUAGAAGGUAAUCCAGAUGUGGACAAAACACAAGCCGCAACACCUGAUGAACACGGUUUGAAGUCCAAUGAGAAUGAGACGCAAGCAGAGGUGGGUGAAAAUUUCUGGGCUCCAACUGACGAUGAGAGGGUUGAGGAAACGAUGGAUGUUACCCAAGACAAGUGUCAAGACAGCGAAGAAUCUCAAUCCGACAUGGUCAGCGAGUCAUCACGACAUGAAGUCCAUUCUCGGUUGCAAUUGAGCUGUGAAGAUUUAACAAGCACAGCUGAAACAAAUGAGGUUUCAAUUCAAGCUCUUGAAGCUCAUCACAUUCCCACUGAGUCUUGUGAUUCCAGCCCUAAUAUUUCCGCCCCUGCUAGCGAUAUCAGUACAAAUAGCAAUGACGCGGUAGAAGCUGUACACCCUGUAACGACAGAUUCUCAGUCCUCUACUAGUGAUACGGACGUACACUCAGUCGAAUCAGGCCCGGAGGUCUCUGCUCGAUCACCGGAAAGUGCUGGAGAUACUGACGCCCAGAAGUAUCUUUCGAAGGAAAGUACAAGGACAGCUCAAGAAGAGCGCCUACGAGCUUAUGAUGCGUACCUUGCGGAUCCGUCACUCUCCCCCAGCUUGAAAAACCAGGUCCUUCGAGCCCGGAAAAUCGCCCUGAUGAGGCUUAACCUGGAAUAGUCUCGAACAAGUGGUGAUCCUUGAUUGAGUGUCGAGGAUGUAGGCUUAAGCGUGAGAAGCAAGGAAGAGGAGCAGUAACCUAGUUGCAUUAAGUCCUGAAGAGUGGAUGAUGUAUAUAUCGCCACUUAGAACCCUGGAUGACAUUCACAGCAAGAGGUAUAACCAUCUACUGAAGUUUUUCUCUAGCUGAACGCAGUGUAGAUGGGAAUGGGUAUUAGAUUUGUCAAAUAGAACUCUCUGCUUUCUAAAGUUUAUUUCUUCUUAGCAGGUGGGGAUUGAAUCUGUAUACAGUGGAUGAUUCAGAGUUGCAGCAUUUACAGUGUGCUGCUAUGGAGUCACGUGUGAGGAAGACAUGCGAUUGCUGCCUCAUCCUGCUGCUUCCAUGGCGACACAAAGUGGAAGCGGAGGCAUUGCUAUUGCGAGUUACUGCCUGAUCCCGGACGCACAAGUGAUGGCAGUAUAUAUAGCUACGUGAUUGUGAAGCUUCUUGUAUUCCCUGUUUUUAUUUUGUUUUUUUGUUUAUGUGCACUUAAAUGUGAGGAUGUACAUUAUGCUCAUUCUAUGUGUUUGUAAGACUCGCUUUAGACAUUGACUUGCGGAAUUAAGGACAAUCCAAAACUUCAAUUCGAGUUUUGUACUUUUUGGCAAAGGACGAGAGGUAGUAAGCUGUGGACAAAACUUUAAACGUUAUCGUAGAAAUGUCUUAAUGACUUGAGCCAUCUUCUCAGGAAUUGUUUUUAUAAACGAUCAGCGAAACAAUAUGAUUUUCAACUAUUAUUCAGUUUCAUGUCAAAA